GGCACUGCUUUGUGGGCACCCACCCCUUUCGUUGCAGAACUCGAAAACGCAAUUUCGGGGUGUGUUUAGAGCACUGUCGUGAUUGCUGUCCCUUUUGUCGCUGAACCCAGAGUCUAUCGGUUCCCAACAGUUUGAUGCUUACCACCCCUUCACCUCUCAGCACUUCAUCCCCAAAGUCUCGUUUCUAACUCUUCUCCUGGUGACUCUGCGCGCGCAUGAGUCUUUAGUUGCAGACUCGCGCCUCCGAGUGAGGCAUUGACGAUUGUGUGUCGAGAACAAUGGCAGCUGCUGCUGGCGCUUCGGCUGUAGGAGAGAGGAGAGGAUUGAUGGUUAACAACUCUUUGGCUAAGGAGAAAGUGCCAUUCGUCACUAAGGACGGAUCUAGAAACGUGACUUGGUAUAUUUGCGGGCCAACUGUGUACGACUCGUCCCACAUCGGACACGCCAGGAAUUAUGUCACGUUUGAUAUCAUACGUUGAAUACUUGAGGAUUACUUCCACUACGAUGUGAAGUACGUAAUGAACAUCACCGACGUGGAUGACAAGAUUAUCAACCGUGCGAGGAGAAAUCAUUUGAUGGACCAGUAUCGCAGUGCUGCAACUGAUCUGAACAAGGUGAUUGAAGACUUGGAAAGAGCUGUGGAGGAGGAACUGGGCAAGCAGCAGAAGAAGAUCUCGGAGACGGGAGAGGAAUUUGCUAAGGCCACCUUGUCGAGACAAAAAGAUGAGUUAGCAGAUAGGGUGAAGCAGGAGCAGCUAAAAGUUACCAAGAUCAUAGAGGCAAGGGAUUUGCUGCAAGCUCUCAAAGAAGAAGCGAAGAAAUUAGGAGGACAGGAAGGAAUUGACAUGCUCUUAGGGCAGAACGCAGCUGAUAAUUUGGCAUCUCAAUUGGAUGCUAAGCUAGGGGCAACAGUAACGGAUCACGCCAUUUACAAAAGUCACACACUGAAGUAUGAAAAUGAGUUUUGGGAUGAUAUGAGUGCCUUGGGGUGCGGCUAUCCUGACGUCCUUGUGAGAGUGACUGAGUAUAUGGAUAAAAUUGUUGAAUACGUGGAAGUCAUUGUGGCGAACAAAUUUGCUUAUGUGGCGAACGAGAGCGUGUAUUUCGAUACGCGAGCUUUCAGAGAGGCAGGCCACCGCUAUGGAAAAUUGAACCCAGCUGCUGUAGGCAGCUCAAUGUUGGCUUCGGAGAGUGAGUCGAAUUUUGACACUUCUGAAAAGAGAACCAGCUGCGAUUUCGCCUUGUGGAAGAAAAGUAAGCCUGGAGAACCUUCAUGGGAUUCUCCUUGGGGCCCGGGACGUCCAGGCUGGCACAUUGAGUGUUCGGCAAUGGCCAGUGACAUACUGGGUGAUAGCAUAGAUAUCCAUACUGGAGGACAUGAUUUGCAGUUUCCACAUCAUGACAAUGAGCUGGCUCAAUCGGAGGCAUACUUCCACUGCCAUGAAUGGGUCAGAUACUUCUUUCAUUCUGGACAUCUGUCCAUCGAUGGCUUGAAGAUGUCAAAGUCUUUGAAGAACUUCAUAACAAUCAAGACGGCAUUGACAAUGUAUACAGCGAGGCAGCUACGUACGCUUUUUGUCAUCCAAAGCUGGGACAAGUCAAUCAAUUUCAGCACAACUGUUGUGAACGAAGCUCUGGGGAAAGAGAAGCAGUUGAAGAACUUCUUCGCCAAUGUGGAGUCGCAUUUGAGGCAGCAUCCUAUGGAGGGUGUCCAAAGGCCAGGACUUGAUGAGAAGCAACUGUUAAGCAGGGUGGACCAAGCGCAAAUUCAGGUGCGGGAACGACUAGAAGAUAAUUUCGAUACCGCGGGCGCUAUUUCAGAGUUGCUUUCUUUGGUCAGAGACGUUCACUCUUACAUCGACAAGUGCAAAUCGGCAAGCGGGAAACCUCAACCUUCACUCUUGAAAAAAGCAGCAGUUUUUGUGACCAAGAUCCUUAUAGUGUUCGGGUUAAGUGAUGCGAAGAUCUGUGAGAUUGGCUUCGGCAACAGCACUAGCCAAGUCGGUUCAACUGGUAGUCUUGCAACAGUCGUGGCUCCUUAUGUAGAGGGAUGGGUGUCACUUCGUGAUAAAGUGAGGUCCGCUGUGAAAAGUGGUGCUUCUCAGGGAAGUUUGAUGGAACUUACUGAUAAAGUUCGAGAUGAGGACAUGGUUGAUGCUGGAGUUUGUGUUGUGGAUGCGGGCAACACCUCUACGUGGAGAUUGGAUGACCCUACGAUAUUGCAAAGAGAACGUGAUGAACGGAGACUAAAGUUGAAGGAGGAAAAAUUGCGGAUCUUGCGACAGAAAAGGCUACAAAAGGCAAAUUUGCUUGAAAAGCUCGAAGCUUCAUCUAUAGCACCCCAAGAACUUUUCAAGGCUAAAGACGAGUAUAAAGACUUCGCUUUUGAUGAGCGAGGUGUCCCUACUCAUAAUAAAGCUGGGAAAGAGCUGCCAAAGAACGCCAAGAAGAAAUUGGAAGCUACUUACAAGAGGGCUGUAACUGAUCAUGAAAAAUUUAAAGAUAGCUUAGCGAAAGAUCCUCGAUUUUUGCAGAACAUGAAGGUAGAAUUGCAGGAGAUUGAUUCUCAGAUUCUACUUUUGGAACAAUAAGGAUAAUAUUUAUAAUCAUUUUUUAAUUUGAUAACCAUUUGAUGUUUAUUUUUAUUUUUUAAUGGAGUGAGUUUCAAUAUGACA